AGAAGAAGAAGGGGAAAAAAAUGGCGGUUCACUCCUUCGUCUCUGAGACAGUCCUUCUCUUAGCAGCAAUUGAUACAGACUAAGUUAUGUUAGGUUUCUGAAACUUGUAUCAAGCAUGUUCCUACUGCGGUUCGAAAUAGUGGUACAGUAUUUAUACCAGUGUGACGUCACGUAACAUUAUCAGGUAAUGAGAAGGGACUUUUAUUUUGAAGGCGAGUUGCUCCCUCCUCUAGUUUCCGGUAGUCUCCACGUGACAGUCAGACGCUCACUCGUUUACACACGAGACAGAUUGACGUGUUUCAGCGCUCCAAGUUUGUUGUUUCUUCCCACGAAGUGUCUUGGAAACAUUGUCUGAGUUCACACAGGAGAGUGAAGACAGGGGAACCCGACAAAAAUCCUUUGUUACUCCAGUUAAUCACUUUUGAAACUCGUAACACACUCAAUUGGAAAAAUGUGCAAAUUCCAAAAAGUGAGAAUGCUGAUGGAGCAGCGACUAAAUGUUACUGUUAAAGAAAUAUUUGGAGUGUUGGAAAGAACCAUAGCAGAGUACGAGGAGGAACUUUCUAAGACAAAGGAGGAGAACAAACGUCUAAAAAAACUACUGGAUGCUGUUUUCAAACCUCAAGUUGUGCUACACAGAGCAGCAUCUAUUCAGACAGCAAGCAGCAGCAGCACAUUUACUGCUGAGAGACAGACUCAACAUGUAGAUCCAGACGUCCAGCAGGUGUCAGCAGAGAGUCAAGAAGAGAUUCCCUCUAAGCAGCAGGAGUGGAGCUCCAGUGUGGGACAAAAGGAGCUCCAGCCCCCACACAUUAAAGAGGAAGAGGAGGAACUGUGGGGGAAGCUUCAAAUGUUGGUGGAGGCUAAUGAUGAAGAUGGAGCUCAGUCCUUACAGCUUCAUCACAGUCAAAGUGAGGAGAACAGAGGGGCGGAGCUUGUAACUCAACACAUCACAGAAGCUGAUGGAGAGCAUUGUGAAGAUAUAAAGUCAGAACCAGACAGCAUCGUUGGUCCACUGUCAGACAUGGACCACAUGAUGUCAGACUCUUCUGAUCACAGUGACCACAUCCAAAAACCUUUGGAGAGUAAAAAUGACUCUAAAGGUGAUACGAGACAUCACACUAACAACAAACACUUUGACUGCUCUGAAUGUGGAAAAUCAUUGAGACAGAAGAGUCAUUUUACAAGACAUAUGAGAAUACAUACUGUAGAGAAACCUUUUACUUGCUCUGUUUGUAAGAAGAGUUUCUCCAGAAAGCAUCACGUGAUCACACACAUGAAAACACACACUGGGGAGAAACCUUUUACUUGCUCAGCUUGUGCUAAACGAUUCAACACUAAGAAUGAAAUUAUAUUACACAUGAGAAUACAUACUGGAGAGAAACCUUUUACUUGCUCUGUUUGUAAGAAGAGUUUCUCCAGAAAGCAUCACAUGAUCACACACAUGAGAACACACACGGGAGAGAAACCGUUUAGUUGCACUGUGUGUGUUAAAAGGUUCAUGUAUAAGCAGCUUGUCAGUAAACACAAGUGUGUAACAGUCAUGGAAGCUGCAGUGAUUUAAAAACACUUAAACAGUGAUUGUGCUAAAUGUACUUUUAAACACAGCAUGUUUAAUAUGAAUGUAUAUUUUAUGUUGUAUGUAGUGCUUCUCAUCUUCUAGUGUUGGCCUGCAGUUACUUUUUAAAGGCCUACUGAAAGCCACUACUACCAA